GUGCCGCGUUAGUUAAAAAUGAACGCAUACAAGGUUACAUCGUGAUCGAACACGGUAAAUUUAUUAAUUCGCGUAGAAUAUUUCUGUAUGGAAAGAAGAAUCUACGCACGUUACAAUAUCUGUUCGUUACGAGGAGCGUGAGGGAAGAGGUGCAUUUAUUCGCGAGAGAUUUGUUGAACGCCGGCUAUCGGGACGUGGCAUUUCUGAUGUUCGAUGACACGGCCACAGGUACGAUUAUUCGUGCAAGCGCAACGGGAGACGAGAUUACAUCGAGAUCCGUAGGAUCCUGCACGUCGGUCACGAACGAUGUGGAUCGGAUUCCGACGUUCGCCGCGGAUUCCCGUCGAUUUUGCCCGCUCGGUGGCUGCACCAUGAAAUACGCGAUCGUCACGGAUGCGACAGUGAGCUUCUGGCUCAAAGAAGACACGCUCAGACUGAAACGUAACGAAACACUGCAAGCAGUAGGCGCUCUCCUCAUUGAAGACUUCGGGAAGUACUACAACCUGACCGUCGACUCCAGCACAGAAAUAAACAUACCUUGGCCCGAUGCCUUCGAAAAGCUCAUGAACCGUGACAUAGACAUGAUAGCAGGGCCGAAACCCGAAGAUCUACAAAUCUUAGACAACGUCGAAGUCAUCUGCUGGUAUAUGUUCCGUGAUAUGGUGCUUGCCAGUUUGGUUCGUAUUAGAACUAUCGAGAACGACAUUUUAAAGUUAGUAAUGCCGUUUCAUUAUUUCGUCUGGAUCAGCGUGUUCCUUGUAUUCAUUGUUUACACUCUUCUAUUGAUCGUGCUGAAAAAAUUGUCGAGCAUGGGUUUGAUCAAAGAACAAGUGAAAUUUGCACAUAUUUGGGCGAUCUCGUUGUCUCAAAGCAUCACGUUGCCAAGAAACCUUGGUUUGCGCCUGGUGCUGCUUUUGUGGAUGAUUUUCUCCCUUUAUUUGAGCAUCACUUAUAACAGCACGUUUACCAGCUCGCUAGCUCAAGUCGACACCGAGGAUCUGCUGCAGAAUCUCGAGCAAGUACGUGACUCUGGUCAACCACUCAGCGGACCAGGCGUCGUACGCUCCUAUUUCAACAAUUCCGACGAUCAGUUCAUCAUAGAUUUGUAUAAAAGAUACGAAGUACUUGGACCCGAAGAAGCACUUGAUAGUAUAUUCAAGAAGAAUGGAUUCGCUGUGUUGCAACAUUUCACCGUUGACAGAAUGAACUGGGAUUACAGGAAUAACAGAAGUCUUCGGAUGUACACACUACCAAAACCAGUUUUCAGAUUCCCGGUUUUCUUCUUUGCAAGAAGAGGAUACAUGUAUCGAAGGCCUCUUCGACGACUCAUUACGAAGUACCGAGAAACAGGAAUGAUAAAGAAACUGAGUAGUCGAUUAAUGAUCGAGGAAGACCAGCAGAUCGUUUUUAAUCAAGAUUCGGAUGAAAUUUUGACUAUGAAGCAUCUCCGUCCGAUUUUUGAGAUAUUCUUCGUGUGUCAGGGUAUUGGUUGUUUAAUAUUCCUCAUCGAAUUGUUAGUGACUUGUAUUCUGAGAGAUUCGUUAUAAUAUUCAUUGCUCGAUUUUUAAUUUUAUUAGUUGAAUCUUUGAUUAAUUAUAUUGAUGAAAGAUCGGUCAUUUGAUAUCAGUAGAGUUAAGAUAAUUAUUUCUAUUAUUAGACUCGAUGUUAAGUACGAAUAAGUGGCACAGAAAUGAGCGUAAUAAACUACUUUAUGAUAUAUAUAGAAGCGAGACAAGUCCGAAGCAGGAAGUACAAAUAUGUCUGUUUGCGUAAGAAAAUGACAAAUCCUUGUUUUACUUCUUUGAGAGUGUUUGGUUUCCUGUUAUUGCACCCGCUCUUUUCAUUAAAUAUGACGUAAAACGUGACGCUAUAUAUUUUGAAGGAUUUUGCGAGAUAUUCCACCGGUUUGCAUAUAUCAAAUUGUCCUUGAAACGAGUUUUUGAAGGUUCACAGGAUGUUGCGUCACAUUUCUUCGUUCCCGCGGAACAAUAAUUCUUCGAUAUUACAUAAUCUGCAGGAUGCAUUAUCAUAAAAUGCAUUUCAUUGAGUUUAGCAUUUGUGCUUGGUUGUGAAGCAAGGUUGCGGGACAAAUUUAUCGAACGAAAGGGAAAACAUCGCGCAUGUUGUCGACGAACACCAUUCACCAAUAAAUCUGAUUUUUCAAAUUGCUCCGUGCACCGUUGCACGACGAAUCGU